AUGCGUCUGUUUCGGCCGUCGUCUUCCCUUCAACCGCAGCAACUACUGACCGAUCCAUGCAACAUGGAGCCAUCUGAACAAGUUGACGAUGGAACGGAGUGGGUCGAUGGCAAUAGCGAGGCUUGGAGUUCAACCGCUUCUCCAUGUGCUCCCUCGCAAAGUGCGUUAGAGGCAAUGGAUAAGUCAUCGCGUGUGAUGAAAGUAUCAUCUCCUUUGUCUUCGACGACGGCGUGUUCCGAGAAAGUGAUUCACAGCAAAAACCAUGACGUGUGCACCGAGAUUUUAGGCUGCGAGACGGGCGUGAAGUACACCGUGAGCGAUUACAGCCGCGACCUGCUGCUGCUGACUUCUCUUGGAUGCAAUGCAGGAGCAAAACGGGCGGCGAAGCGAGAAGAGAAGAAGAUGAAGAAGAGGAACUACUACAGGGUUGCGUCAUCUGGGUUCCCUCCGCCGCUAACCGUGCUCUCUGGUGAAUCACGCCUCCGUGUCGUGAGCGAAAGGGACGACGGAAGGCUGCUUCUCUUCUCUGUGAAGCCAUCCCUCCUCGUCAUGGCCGAAAGAAAAGAUGGCCGACUCAAACUCCGACUAGUCUCCACUGAGCCGGUGGGAGAUGAUGAAGGGGGGGAACAGACUGAACCAGAAGCUGUAGAACAGAGAGACGAAGAGGGAGGUGACUCGGACAUGGAGAUGGCCGGAAUUGGAAGCAACGGAAAUGGCGUGGAGGAGGUGCUGACUGGGAAGCAUACAAGGCGUGGAGGGUGCAAGGAAGAAGAAGGUGGUGGUGCUGGGUGUUUGAGGAGGAAUUCGAACACGAAGAGGCUGCUGCAGUUGGACGUUGAUGCUCCGUGGGUUACCAUCUCCUGA